CCAACACUCAUGUACAAAAAUAAUUACUCUCCUAAAUGAAGAAAUGACAUCUGUGGAAAUUUGACAGUGGCAGAUGCUGAACUCGGCGGAGAAUGGAAAAACGCAAUAAAUUGGUUCAGGCCUUGCUCAUCUUCCUCAUUCUAUGCACAAUCCCAUCAAAGGAUGAAGGGUCAGUAAAUGCUGAGAGUUUGUGGGGGAAGAAGAUAGAUUUCAUGCAGAGGGACUGUAGUUUCUGGUUGCUGAAAAAUGAACACAAAAUUCCUUCCUUGAAUGAACUCAGCGUGUGUCUGAACAUAAAGAGGAAGCUCAGCAAUUCACACUGGACCGCGUUCACGUACCUGCACCCUAAUAAGACACGCAUAGAGCUCGGCUUGAGGGGAGUUGGACAAGAUCUCCAUAUCAUAAUGUUUGGCAAAGUCUGGACCAAAUCUUCAGUGGUGUCUUUGGACAACUGGCAUUCGAUUUGCAUGACCUGGUCCAGCUCCAUGACGGAACCGGAAGUCUACGUCAAUGGAACCAAAGUAGAAUUAGAUCCAGAGUCUAAAGGAACGGCGCUGCAUCCUUACUGCUGCAGCGUGGCCGGCGGGGGCACUCUGACUUUAGCUGUGGCCCACUAUUUUGCGAAGAACGAUAUAAUCCCUGAGACGGGCACCGAAUUGAAGGGCAGUUUAAGUCUGUUCAGGAUGUGGGAACGGGUCCGCAGCACUCAAGACAUAUCCAAGACGGCUUGCACCGAUGGAGAUAUUCUGCAUUGGGAGAAACGAAUCUGGAAGAAACCCCACGACUGUAAGCCUAUACAAGAUGUUACGCAAAAGUGCGACUGGCAUUUUUAUGAAGUAAAAUUGGUGCUUAUCAUCAUUCGUAAAGACGGAAACAAAACAAACAUUAGCGAUGCCCAAGACAUUGCAAAACAGUGGUUGAUACAAGCUUUAGAAGAUUGGCCGACACCUGUAUAUUUGCAUGAAGUUAAAGUGUUUCCCGUAGGAAGCGCUCUCACACGCUCCAGUGGAAGUGCAAAGGGGGGAACCAUGCAGCCGUUUGCCACCAGUCCUGGACUUAACCAGUUUGAUUGCUUGGCUCACUUGACCGUGAUUAAUAAUAGUGACGUAGGACAAGUGCAGGAUGAACUCCCCGAGAUCCUCGCCGAGCAAUACAAAACUGACCACUAUAUAAUAAAAACAGAUGCUGACUUCAUCUUCAUAUAUCCUCUUGAUGAUUUCUUGCCGGACCUAGUCACACACCCACCCUUAACAGCGACUGAAACACACACAACCACAGUUCCUCAGCUGACGUCUACAGCUACUGAAAUGAUUACUACUGCGAAAACAACAGGCACAACAACUAAUCAAGUGCUAGUAACUACAUCCUCAGCUGAAACAAAAAUUACUACCGCCACACCAUUCAUGGAAACAACCCUGGCAGGAAGUUCCACAGCAAUGAAACAAACAACUGCUUUAUCCUCCACAAAAAGUCUAACAUUAAAUACAGCCACAUGCUCUUCUACUAUUGCACCUGGAGGAAACAUAUCAGACAUUUAUUUCAGUGUCAAUGUCAAUGUGACUAUCAAUGGCUCCGGUGACCCUGAGAACAUAAUUAAAACCUGGCUCAAUGAAACUCUUUUCAGUAAAGGAAUACACGUGUUGCACUUUAAACUCUUGAGUUCCUCACGACAUGCACGAAAACGAAGUGUGGAAACAAAAUCAUUCAAAGCCGAAAGAAAGCGGUCUCUGUUUUCGGUAACAAGCCAUAGCUGUGUCUUUCAUGCUCAGGUAACAACUUCUUCAAACAUCAUAGAGACAGAAAAAUGGAUUCAUGGGCUGCUGGAGAAACAAUACACCAGUGGAGCAGUACGCUUAUAUGCCCAACAUGACGACAUUUUAAUUUCUUAUAUUGAGCCAUGUCCUGAGCACAACCAUCACACCAGGCAAGGACUUUUUAAAUGGCCCCAAACGGAUGUUCAGGGGAGCACUCAGGUUUCCUGUGUGGGAAACCCUUUAAAAACAGCUCACCGGCAAUGUCUUCUGGAUGCAAACGUUGGAGCUCUUUGGAAAUCUCCAGACCUGGGGGAAUGCCAGGUUGUGGUCAACAGUGUGUCAGACCUGGAGGACAUUACAGUCACUAAUGACAAUGCAGAAGACAUUCUGAUCAUGAUUGAGGACUUGAUACACGAGAAGAGAAAUCUGGAUGAGUACGAGCUCUCAACGGUACUGAAUAAACUAGCCGAUGUGAUCAAUGUUAGCGUGAUCACGCCUCCGCUGGGAGAAGUCAUCAUCAACAUCACGUCUGAUAUCCUGGAGUCUGACAGCAACCUGCUGCCUUUCACCAACAGUAUUUUGAACAUCACAGAGUCGGUCGGAGACCAGAUGUUAGGGUUCAAUGAAGAGUCGGUCUUCUUAACAGCUCCUGCCUUAGCAAUAUCAGUGGUCAAUAUUGACCAAGGAAGUUUUCACAACCUCACCUUUGGAGUCUCAUCCACUUACAAAGGCUUAAACCCUGAGAUUUAUAUAAACCAGGAACCUUUUGAUGAUACAGUGGCCUUCAUUUCUCUGCCCUCUGAAAUACAAGAGAGAUUCCCCAUAGUGAACGACACCAGCCCCCGUGUUCAGUUUCAGUUUUAUGGCGUUUCGACUCUCUUUCAAACAAAGAAUGACCCAGAUGAGAAAAAACUGAACACUUACGUAGUGUCUGCAAGUGUGACCAAUGCAACAGGACGCAUUGAAAACCUAAAAGAAUAUGUUUCCAUCACUCUGCACCACAUAAUAACUAAGAACAAAGACCAGGAUGUCCAGUGUGUCUACUGGGAUUUCAAUAAGAAUGAUGGAUAUGGCGGAUGGAAUCCAGAGGGUUGCUGGAUGUAUAAUAGCAGCAGCGAUUACACAACCUGUCUGUGUGACCACAUGACCCACUUUGGAGUGCUGCUGGAUGUGUCUAGAACUCCCAUUGAUGAGAAGAACGAGCAAAUCCUCACUCUUAUUACAUACAUGGGCUGUGGUGUGUCUUCAUGCUUUCUUGGGAUCACAGUACUAACAUACACCCUUCUAGAGAAGUUACGAAGAGAUUACCCAUCCAAAAUUCUGCUGAAUCUAUCUCUUGCGUUACUGGGACUGAACCUGGUGUUCCUGCUGAACUCCUGGAUCUCUUCUUUUGGCAUCUAUGGCCUGUGCGUUGCUGUGGCGGUCACCUUACAUUAUUUCCUACUGACUUCCUUUACCUGGAUGGGUUUGGGGGCUGUGAAUAUGUACUUUGCAUUGGUAAAAGUUUUCAACGUGUAUGUGCCCUCAUACAUCUUGAAAUUCUGCCUCCUUGGCUGGGGGAUUCCGCUUGUAAUAUGUGGCUUGGUGUUGGCUAUAAAGAGAGAUGCGUAUGGCAUGAACACCAUGAGUGAUUCUCAAAUGACACUGGAUGAUUCGGAAAUGUUCUGCUGGGUGCAAAAUGAUGUGGUUUUCUACGUGUCAGUAGUAAGCUACAUAGCCUUUAUACUACUGUGCAAUGGCUCCAUCUUCCUAGUGGUUCUCAUCCAGAUUCGAAACAUGCAAGUCAAUCAACCGGCUGGCACACGGAGUGGAAUCGUGAAAGACCUGCGAGCUGUGGCGAGCCUUACCUUCUUAUUGGGUCUUACCUGGUCUGUGGCUUUUCUCGCUUGGGGUCCUGUCAAAGUGUUCCUGCUCUACCUUUUCUCCAUUCUGAACAGUCUUCAAGGUUUCUUUAUUUUUGUGUUCCAUUGUCUCAUGAAGGAGAACGUUCGCAAGCAGUGGAGAAUACAUUUAUGUUGUGGAGCUUUCAAGCUGCUGGAAUACUCUGAAUGGAGCCAAACUGCAACUGUGGUCCCCAAACACAAACCCAAUCCACCCAAUACGUUUCCUUUCAUGGCAUCUGUGAGAUCCAUCAAGUCUAAUUCAACACAGAGCUCCACGGUUUCCUUAGAGUCCACUCAGAAUCAAAUGACAAUCACAAGACCCGACCUUGGAUUUGUAUAUGAAAACAGUUUGGUAAUACCAAGAGCCAGAACAGGAUUGAUGGCUCUUCCUGGCGAUACAUCUCCUGCCACAGCAAGUGGACUUGAGUUUCCUUCAAGGCCAUGGAAGAACGGAUUUAAUGCAGAUAUCUAUCCAACAUAAAUGUGACUGUUUUUGCUUGUUGCUCUGUACAGCACAGAUUUUCUUCCCAUUUUUAGAGACACUUGUUUAACGAUUACGAAUAAACAUGUAGAAAACGGAUUCCUCAGAUCAUAUUACAUUAUACUAACAUUGUUUCAUGAAAUAAUAGUAUAAUCAAGGAAGUGUACAUGAACCUUAAACAAAAAUGUUAUAAAUCUGAUUUGAUUGGGAGUCAGUAUAGGCUACUAGUAUGCACCUAUUCUUGUAAAUGAUAUAAAAGUGUACAAUUAGUAUAAGGAGAUG